AGGAACCCCGCCGUAGGAUGUUAUGUUUAUAAGGAUAGGUCAGGUUGCCACACUCCUUCCUCCCACCACCAAUCCCGUCGCACUCCAUCCUCUCCUCAUCGUCGCGGAAGGGUACCCUUCACACCAUUCCUUCUUUGCUUUAUUCUGAUUGCUAGCUAUACGCUCCUCUGCAUUCAUCUCACGUUCUUUAUUUCCCCUCGGGCAACUGCAAUUGAGAUUCGAGAGCUACGAAUUCGAUAACAACAGCAAUGUUCGGCCCUACUUUCAUCUUCGCUGCUAGCAGCAUCUUCGCUCUUUCCUUUGCUGCGCCUCUUCGUCUCGACGUGGUUCCGCCGAAUGACCUAGUGGGGCGCGAUACUUACGUUAUGCUGGGUGGAGAUGGUUCAAUGAAUGCUGGGUGGCCCAGCCGAAGCGAUUGGAUGUCUUUUGAAAAGGCCUGGGAUGCCAAUCUCAAGACGAUACAGCAAUCUUGCGAGAACCAAGGCUGGGGCAAGAACAACAACGAGGUCGAGACGCGAGCUAUCAAGGCUAGCAUUGAGGAAGAGUCAGGAACAUCUGGCAUUCCGGAAGAGCUCAUUCUCGCCGUGAUGAUGCAAGAGUCGAGGGGUUGUGUGCGGGCACCCACGACCCAUUACGACUUCGAUAACCCGGGUCUCAUGCAGAGUGCAGGAAAGGCAUCUUGCAAUACUGAUGGCAACCUGAUAUCACCUUGCCCUGUCAACAAGAUCCGCGCCAUGAUUCAUGAUGGGACUGCAGGAGAAGGGCUUAGAACGACCCUGAAGAAUUCGCUCACCUUCUUUGACCCGACCGGUGCCGCUGACGACAGCAAAUGGUAUAAAGUCGCCCGUCGGUAUAACGCUGGCGAAGUCCUCAUGGACGAGAAGAACCUUGGCAUUGGUCCUACCAAGUGCUAUGCCUCGGACAUUGCAAAUCGCCUGGUGCAGCCCUUCGGCGACAGUACCUGCAACACGGAUGUCAUCGCUACCUUGACUAGCGCCCAGGGACGAAUCAGUAGUAGCGGCAACACCAAC